AUGGGACAGCAAAUUUCGGAUCAGACACAGUUGGUUCUUAGCAAGUUACCAGAAAAAGUAGCAAAACAUGUCAUAUUGGUUCGAGAAAGUGGCUCCUUAACUUAUGAAGAAUUUCUUGGGAGAGUAGCUGAACUUAAUGAUAUAACUGCUAAAAUGGUUUCUGGCCAGGGAAAACAUCUUGUUUUUGAGGUACUCCCUCGGUCUGAUUCCUCUGCCUUAUGGAAAAUGGUUGUACGGGUGAUCUGUACCAAGAUUAACAAAAGCACUGGCAUCGUGGAAGCAUCACGGAUCAUGAAUUUGUACCAGUUUAUUCAGCUUUAUAAAGACAUCACAAGUCAAGCAUCAGGAGUAUUGGCAAUGAGCUCCACCUCUGAAGACCCUGAUGAAAACUCAUCAUCUGUAACAUCGUGUCAGGCUAGUCUUUGGAUGGGAAGGGUGAAGCAGCUGACUGACGAGGAGGAGUGUUGUAUCUGUAUGGAUGGUCGAGCUGACCUCAUCCUGCCUUGUGCUCACAGCUUUUGUCAGAAGUGCAUUGAUAAAUGGAGUGAUCGACACAGGAAUUGCCCUAUUUGUCGCCUACAGAUGACUGGAGCAAAUGAAUCUUGGGUGGUGUCAGAUGCACCCACUGAAGAUGAUAUGGCUAACUAUAUUCUUAACAUGGCUGAAGAGGCAGGCCAGCCCCUUAUACCAUGA